UGUUGUACUGGUAACCAAUGAAGUUCAUACAAAGCACGGGAGUAAUAUGCAGGUACUUUCUUAGGUUCAGCACAAGUCUAGCCGCAGCAUUCUGCACACGUUGCAAUUUAACUAUUUGCGACUUAGGCAUACUUCAAUGUGUAUUAUCUAAAGUGAAUUGGAGCGUUCUGGAGAACGUUUCAAGUGAAAAGGAGAUUGUUGUUACGAGCGGGAAAGACGGGGCAGGCAGGGGGCGGACGCGGGAGUUGAAAUGGGAAAAUUCUCCCGCUCGUGGUAGGUAGCUCAUUACGCACUCUUAAAGUUUCAUUUUUGGGUCGAAAGCUGUUGAGCAAAGACAUAAUAGCAUCUGCGUCCAAUGACCAUCGCGUUUAUCUUUGCGUUUGAGUAAGGAAAGCUGUAGCAACGUAGUCGGACCAGCAGAGUGGUCGUGAUUUUUUUCUGUAUAGUACAAAGAAGGAUUUAGUGAAUAUAACAAAUCUUCGCGUGUGAUGUUAACAGGAAUGGAAGGUUUGAUUACUGGAGAUGAUCAGGCAUGGGUCUACGCCAAUGGAAGAUACCUAGGAAGGGACAAUGGAAGAUGGGAUGUUCCUGUGAGCUUCUACUUCCCUGAAAAUCUUCAAGUCGUUGCCAUCUAUGUGAAAAACAGUGGCGGCGCUGCAGGACUCAUCGCUUCGUUCGCAAACGGCAUCGUAACUGACAACAAAUGGAAGUGCACAACUCAAGCGAUAAGAAACUGGCAUACUACCGGAUUUGACGACAGCAAUUGGUCAGCGGCCACAAUUCACGGCGGUAACAGCGGUCAGUUAAGAGUCAAUAGAUUGCCAACGAAUGCUAAAUGGAUUGGUUCAAAAUAUCGAAAUGCUGGCGGCCUCUACUGUAGGAGACACAUGACUUACUUUGGAGAGAAACCAUCAGCUGGUGGAAGUUGUGACAAGCCUCUUGGUCUACAAAGCGGUUGGGUGGAAAACAAGCAAAUGAGAGCUUCAUCCAUUUGGAGCAGAACACAUGCUGCAUGGAGAGGAAGACUACACAUGCCAAAGCAAUACAGUUACCCUGGUGCGUGGAUAGCAAAGACCAGCAAUGUUUACCAAUGGAUUGAGGUUAGGGAGAAAGAUAGUUGGUUGAUAGCAGUAAAUCGAAAACCGAAAUCAUCCCUUUUCACGUCGACCUGGGAUGACUCCUUACUUGAAAUCCCAUUAUUAGCAAUGCAGACAUUUUGUGAGUGUGACAUCUAUAAACCCUGAAAUCUUCUUUCCUCUUGAUUGAGAAUAAAUUUCCAUGCGAGUUGACAUGCCGGCAGGCUGUGUGCAGCAGAGUCGG